UAGAAUAAGAUUUGUUUUUAUGCGUUUUUUCCGUGACUAACUCAAUAUCCUCUCCCUCACGGCCCUCACCCAUUAUCAAAAUUUGAAUCUGAAUCUGAAUAUUGAUGAGAGAUUAGCCAUCAUACUAAAGAUAAGACAGACUGAGGGCUCAGCAUGACGCUUUGUAACGUGUUAGCGGGAGUCAAAUAUCUUGAGAAUCAGGCGAACAAAUUUGACCUUUGACCCGCAGUACUUCACCUCUAAUCCUUAGCAGCGACGACAGAACAAAGCAGCCCGAGUCCCGGUUUACGCGAGCAGAAAACCCGUCAUAGAAAGCAGGUCAGACAUGGCGACAGCAGGACACGGGUCUCACACUGGAGUAGAGCAGAACUGCUAUGAUGGGUCUCCCGCCGAGGUUUCUCAAAUUGCCUAUGACAGCAAAUCAAGCGAUGCUGAACACCAGACGGUAGCACAGAAAGUCAACUUAAAAAACGCUGGUGAGAAACCCUUCAUGUGUGGGGAAUGCGGGUACAGGGCAGCUGAUAGGUCUAACUUAUCCCGACACAUGAGAACCCAUACAGGAGAAAAACCCUACAAGUGUGGGGAGUGUGGGUUCAGGGCAGUUCAAUGGUCUAAGUUAUCCCGGCAUAUGAGAACCCAUACUGGAGAAAAACCCUACAAGUGUGACCAGUGCGACUAUUCCGCAAUACGGAAAUACCGCCUUGACAACCACAUAGCAACAAAACACGGUGGUUAUAAACCCUACAUGUGUGGGGAGUGUGGGUACCGAACAGUUGAAAAGUCUACGUUAUCCGUACAUAUGAGAACCCAUACUGGGGAAAAACCCUAUAAGUGUGACCAGUGUGACUAUUCUGCAGCACAAAGAAUCAAUUUGGUUACUCAUCAAGCAACACAUACCGGAGACAAACCCUACAUGUGUGGUGAGUGCGGGUACAGAGCUGCUCAAAGGUCUGCUUUGUCCCUACAUAUGAGAACCCAUACAGGAGAAAAACCCUACAAGUGUGACCACUGCGACUAUUCUGCAGCACAGAAAGGUACUUUGGACAAGCAUGUAGCAGCCGCACACAGUGGUGAAAAACCCUACAUAUGCGGUGAGUGUGGGUACAGGACAGCUCGGAAGUCUGACUUUUCCCAACAUAUGACAAACCAUUCAAUAGAAAACCCCUGCAAGUGUGACCUGUGUGACUUUUCUACAGUUUCGAAAUCCAAUUUGAACCAUCAUCUAGCAACUCACACUCGAGACAAACCCUACAUGUGUGGGGAGUGUGGGUUUAGGACGGGUAGCAUACAUGACUUAUCCCAACAUAUGAGAACGCACACAGUAGAAAAACAGGUCACACCCUCGUCAACCUCACUGGUACAGGAGAGCAAAGGCAAUAUGGGAAGGAAUGUGGUUCAUAACAGUGUUGCAAAACCCUACAUUUGUGAAGAGUGCGGGUACAGGACAGCUAAGAAGUCUCAUUUAUCACGACAUAUCAAAACCCAUACAGGAGAAAAACCCUUCAAGUGCGACCUGUGUGACUAUUCUGCUGCAGAUAAAUAUACUUUGGACAAACAUCUAGCAAAACACACCGGUGAGAAACCCUACAAGUGUGACCAGUGCGAUUUUUCUGCAAUACAAAAAUCCCACAUUAACUACCAUAUAGCAACAAAACAUGGUGGUGAGAAACCCUACAUGUGUGGGGAGUGUGGGUACCGAACAGUUGAAAAGUCUACGUUAUCCGUACAUCUGAGAACCCAUACUGGGGAAAAACCCUACAAGUGUGACCAGUGUGACUAUUCUGCAGCACAGAAACAAAAUUUGGACCAGCAUCGCAGAAAACACACCGGUGAGAAACCCUUCAUGUGUGGGGAGUGUGGGUACAGGGCGGCUCAAAAGGCUGACUUAUCCAAACAUAUGAGAACCCAUAAAAGAGAAAAACCGUACUAGUACAAGUGUGACCAGUGUGACUGCAGUGAAAAGCAAUUAAGACAAACAUGUUGCAGCAUAAACACAGUCGUGAGAAACUCUACAUGUGU